AUGGAAAAAGCACAGAUAUAUGGGAAACUUGUGGAUAAAGAAAGUCGGUGUGAACACUGGCACGGUCCACUGGACGUUAUAGCCCUCCGGUUCAAAUGCUGUAACGGAUACUAUGCAUGUUACGAGUGUCACCAGGAAUUGGUACCGCACGUCACAGAAAGGUACAAUAUAAACGACGAAACUGUCCCGUUGGUCAUAUGCGGCGUAUGCAAACUUGAAAUGUCGUUUGCUGCAUACAGUGAUUCGUUGCAAUGUCCGAAUUGCAGAUCGCAAUUCAACCCAGGCUGUAAAUUACAUUACGAUAUGUAUUUUAUGAAAGAUGAUGAACCAGAAAAUCUCCGAUAG